AUGGGCAACAUAGAGGUGACAUCAAUUGAGUUGAUCAAGCCAUCAUCUCCAACACCCCGUGCCAGUAGAGACCAUAAACUGUCUUUCCUGGAUCAACUUUCACCUUCUACUCUAAUUCCUUCUGUUUUAUUCUAUCAAAACUCCUCCCCAUGCUUCGAUCAAGCCGAAAUAUCGCAGCAUCUAAAACAUUCUUUAUCAGAGAUCUUGACAAAACUCUACCCUUUAGCAGGAAAGAUCAAUGGAAAUCUUUCUGUUGAUUGUGAUGACUUAGGAGCUUUAUUUAUAGAAGCUCGAGUCGUGCUCAUCUCUCACAGGGGAAAAGAAAGAAACUCUUCUGACCAAAAGGUUUGUGUUCGACAAGAAAAGUUGGCAGCAGGCAAGAAAUUUGCCUCCUCAGUCGCCUCCACAGGUUCGGUGAAGGAUCCUACUCUGGUUGAAGCCAUUACCGCUUUUAUAUUGAAGCAUUUCAUCCUCGUUACCCAGGCCAAGGAAAAUCGUAAAACAAAUUUUCUUGCAUUCCAAGCCGUGAAAAUGAGACCUAGAAUGAACUUGCCCUCUGACCGGCUUGCAUUUGGCAACUUCUCAAUUGCUACUCCUGCUUUAAUGACAGUUUCUGAUACAGAUGAUAAUGAUAAAGAAUACUGUGAUGAUCUAGUUGGGCACCUGAGGAAUGCAACUAGAAUAAUCAACAAUGAUUAUAUAAAGAUUCUUCAAAGUGGAGUGCCUUUUUUAGAUAUCUUAAAAGCUGCAGGGGAACAGCUUGGUAAGGAGCCAAUGGCAUAUUGUUUUUUCACCAAUUUGUGCAGUUUUCCGGAAUAUGGAGUGGACUAUGGUUUUGGCAAACCUAUUUCAGUGAGGAUUAAAGCUCCCCCUAUCAAGAAUAGUGUAAUCUUGAUGAGUACAAAUUCAGGUGAUGGGAUCGAAGCAUGGAUUACCAUGGUGGAGGAUGAAAUGGCUAUGCUCCCGGACGAGCUUCUUUCACUAGCAACUAUUGAUGUUGCUUCAUUUCAAGCCAAACUCUAA